AUGUGUCUCGGAAAGGAAUUCAAACGAAACUUUACUUUCACACAUAAGCCGUCGUGCUCCCCAUGUGAAUGCAAUGAUUCCUGUGUAAGACGAGACACUUGCUGCCCCUCUAAAUUCUACAGACAAAAAACUGCUCCGGAUUUUAUUGAAUAUUCGCCUAUUGUUGAAGACAAAGAGAGAGGUCCCCCCAUGUCUUGUCUGGAACCAUUAUGGAACACUGAAUCAGGAAUCAGGUCUUGGCAGUCGUAUUGGAUGAUUCAAACAUGCCCAAAUGGUACUAGCUGCAUGCCAUCUACAUUAAGAAAUAUGACAAAUAUCACACCUGUGACGUCUUUGUUAACAAAUGAAACGUAUUCUAAUGUUCAUUGUGCUUUCUGUAACAACGAACAGAUAUUUGAUCUCGUGCUCUGGGAUAAGAAAAAGAUUUGCACCAGCCGAUCCAAUCUCAUGACAAUAGAUGAUCCUGAAACUCUUUUUCAAUCUGUUUUUGCCAUAAAUCCAGCAUGCAACAUCGGUUUCUAUCCUUUGAAGUCUACUCAGAAAAUUGUUAGUUCCUGUGUAACACGUACAUACGAUCCUAUUUUCAUUAGAGAGACACUAACCAAUGGAUCUUUCCUCAAUCUUGCUUGCCAGAAGUACUAUCUACCCUACACUGCUAAUGACAAAGUCUUCAAAAACAUAUAUUGUGCUCUCUUGGAAAAUGAAGCUCUUGAUCUCAACAUUCAGUAUAGAAAGAGUGGAUCAUUUGGAGGCAUUGAUAGUAUGCUAAUAACCUUUUCAGCCCUGAUGGACUUUAAACAAAAUAAAAAAGAAGGGAUUACAAAAAACUCAAAAUGCAAACCAGAUCAAAUAUUUGACGAAAAGAUGAGCAAGUGCUUAGAAAUAAAAUGUGAAGCAGAGUAUUUUCGACACAACUCGGAGUGCAAAUCUCUCUACCCUAUGCUCGAAGAGAACAACUACGAGUUAAAUCUAAAGGUAACACCACUUGAUGACUAUGACGUAGUCGAAAUGCAAUUCUACACACCUUUAGUCAGACAAGCACUUCAAGAUAUCCUGUCACAUCGUAACAUGACUAAGUAUCUCUGUAGGAUUUCAGCCUUGAUACCGUCUUCAACGGAUGAAAUGUUCUUGGCAAUUGUUUUAGAACUAUCGAUCAACCACUUUCAUAACGUUGACCUGAUGAUAGAAAAUUUAGUGAAUAUGUUUUCCAAAUUAAAUAUGACGUUAAAUUCUGAAUUGAUGGUCUCUCCAUUUCGUGGUUUAAUCUCUGUCCUCGGACAGAGUUUUCAUAUCUACGGCGGUUCAUUGUUUGGUAGAGCCAUUAAAUAUCGAUAUUAUUUUAAUCCAAUGAAUGGACAUGAAAUGCAUUUAUAUGACAGUAUAAACAUGCUGAAUGAUAACAGGUAUGACCCAACACGUCCACACUGUCUCAAAGAUCAGAUGAUGGUAGUCGCAGCUGACUGGUAUCGUUGUCCAAAAGUUAGAAUAAGGACCACAGAUGCUAAACUAGAUGUGUCAAAUUUCUCUGUAUGUCUUACAGAGUAUCAAUCCUGUUUUUCCUCAAGGUAUUUCAAGGAAUCUUUAGACAAACGGGGUGUUGAAAUUUGCCUCACUCAGUAUUUCAAUGCUUCCACCCAGCCUAUCAGUCUACUGGCAACCUCAGAAGACCGCUUAAUGAAGUAUUUUUCAUUGUUUUGUCUCUCCCUCUCAUCUCUUGCUUCAAUAGUGACUAUAUGCACGUUUGUUUUCAAUAAUACUCACAGAACAAUUGCGGAUAUCAACAUCAUUAUAUUAGCUGGGUUGUCAGUUUUGGCAAAUACGACUUAUACUUUUUCCAAAUUCUUUCUUUGGAGUAAGUCUCUAUGUAUUGGAAUUGGUAUUUUAGUUCAUUUCUUUUGGCUCUCUGUUAUAUGUUGGAUGAGUUUAUCCACCUUUCAAAUCUUUCAAACAUUUACAUCCUUCUCAAAUUCACAAGUGAAAGUCAGGUCGCGGGUACUUGCUUGCUUCCUAGUAGAUAUUUUUAUCUGCUCAUUUAUUAUCACUAUCAAUGUAAUUGUGAGCUAUAUGGAGAGUGAAGGUGAAAGCCUUGGUUACUCUCCUCGCACCUGUUAUAUCGGUAAUCCGAACAUGGUCCUGUUUACUUUCGCUCUUCCAGUAGGGCUCUUUGUCUGUAUCAAUACCUUUAUGUUUGUGGUGACCGUUUCUAGGAUCCGUGGCAAGGUAGACAUCAGGAAGUCUAAAGAACAGGGGAAAAUCGGUGCCUACUUCCGGCUUUCUACCAUCACUGGUGCAGCAUGGCUGUUUGGGUUUUUAGCUCAAUUUACAGAAUUCCAAUUGUUUUCUAUGUUACACACCCUUCUUAAUGGUGGUCAAGGUGUAUUUGUAUAUAUAGCUUUUGGGCUGUCACUGAAUCUAAAAUGUCGUUUUGGUAAAUCAUCUCAAGUGACAGAAAAGAUCACAGAAAGUGUAUCUAAAAAUAAACCUAUAUAG